ACAUAAUGAGCUGCCAGGGGAGGGGUAGAGAGAACGUAAUUGCUUGCUUUACACAGCUUGUAGGCAGGCAGACCAUUUAGGCAGAGAGACACAGAAGAAGACACAGAAGAACACUUAGAGAGAUUGAGAGGCACAAAAUAAAGAAAGAGAAAAGUAAGAUAAAAGGGAAACAAAUCACCAACAGCACAAAAAAAUGGAUCCCAACAAGAUGCCAAACGCCCCACCACCAGGCUGGAACCCAGAUGAGAAGUCUGGGAUGGGACAACCAGCUCCUCCACCCUACCAGGACCACCCCCAGUACCCCAACACAGGAUACCCUGUACCAGCAGGCUACCCCGCCAAUCCCCAGGGCUACGCACCACCGCCCCAGUAUGGGGGAGCUCCUGGGGCCCCUUACGGCCAGCCAUACCCCCAGGGACAGUACCCCCAGGGAGAGUACCACCAGUCCACCGUCACAGUCCAGCCUACGGUGUUUGUGACCCAUGGAGCUCUGCCUUACCCUCUGCCAGACUACCUGGGCUACUCCAUUUUCACCAUGCUGUGCUGCUGCCUGCCACUUGGCAUCGCUGCACUUAUCUACUCCAUCUCGACUCGAGACGCCAACAACCAGGGUCACCAGCAGGUUGCUGAGAGGAGUUCUCGUCUAGCACGGAUACUGAACCACUCCGCCCUGGGUAUCGGCAUCACCGUCAUCAUCCUGUACAUCGUCUACGUCGUCAUCCUGGCCAAAAGUAUCCACUGAUCUGACACCUAAACACCGGUUAGCACCACAGCCACCGCUUCUCUCAACCCCAGCCCCCAAAAUCAUCCUGAUGUUGACCACAUACAGUGGGUGCCAGUUACAGGCACUUUCCAAAGAGAUACAUAAUGCUGUUUAUUCAUCAACAUUUAUGACAUGCUUUUUUAAAACUAUAUAUCUAAUGACUUACUUUUUUAAAUACCUGCAGACAGGAUAGUUUAAAUUGUUAAUUCAUUUGCCUGUUUAAUUUUAAGUUUAAUAUACAUAAAUAAACAACAAAUUAUGGAUACUGAUAGUUUUUUGGAAUAUUUCUAAUAAAUGUCUAAAGGAUAGUGUAUGUGUAUUCACUGUGUAUGGAUAAGUCAUAUCAGAGUUUAGAGACAGAUUUGACAAUGUUAUGAGAAUGCAGCAGAAAGAGACUAUUAUUAAAGUCUGAGAGGACAUGUAUUACUUGAUGUCAAUACACAGAGUGCCAGUAAGGUUACCACUCACAAGAAUAAACAUUUUGCAACUCAA